AUGCGGGGCAUGUGGGCGGUGGGAGCGGUGGGGAUGGCGAACUUGCUGCUGUCGCUAUGGCUGUCGCCGAGGAUGAGCUCGGAGCCUGAGGAGAGAUGGAGGAACCUGCGGGUCCCUCGAGGCUCCGUCAAGGUCUACGUGCAGUCCUCCUCCGCUCCCUCGGGCACUAUCGAGUUCCGCCAGCUCCACAUCAGGAGGAACGACAGGAGAAACAUCCUGGUGGAGGUUGAGAUCAGCAUCAUGAACGGCAUGGUGGAAGGGGCACCAAGGACGGAUGGCAGAUCGCAGAGCGAUCUCUUGCAGCAGUUCCAGCUCCUGUCGAAGGGAGCAGACGAAGACGGGAAGGAGGUGUUGGUCUACCGCUCGUUGUCCAACCUGACGAGAGCGACAAAAGCUCGCGAUCAGGUGCUGCACGUCAUGAACAUGAGCGAUCCAUACCGCUACAAGAUAGACUACGAGGUCUUCUACCUGGAUGCCGAGAGCGCCUUCAACAACAAGAGGAUCAUGGCAAGCGGCGUCAUCACCAGCGGCGACUACGAGUAUCGCAGGAUGUUCGCUUCCCCUUCGACUGUCCACUCGGCGGCACAUGGCCUGACGUUCGAGCUGGAGGCGAAGUCGAGCCCCGUCAUGGUGUCGCUGCUCAGAACGAGAGGACUCGCCUCCUUCCAGCGCGGUCCUCUAACUCCCCCACUGCAUAUCCGAGUCUACCUGUCCACGGAGGACAAGGAUGUAGCAGCGAGGAAGUGGCGGCUGAUAGGAGAGAUGUUUGACACCCCUCUCUCCUCCUCUUGGGACCUCUCCGAUCUCCCCAUCGAGCCUUUCUACAUCGCCUCUGGUCAGCGCGUCUCCCUCAGUAUUCAUACCGACCACCCUCUCGGACUCUCCGUCGCCGUCCCCUCCUUCGAGGGGAUGGCGUCAGAGAUCGAGGCUCGGACCCACGGCUCCCUCCUCGUCCCGCAGUGGCUGUCGAUGAUGACGGAGAGCAGGCCAGCUGGCGUGCAUGAGGACGAGUGGGUACGCGUGCUGCCUGGGGCAGUGCUCGACUUCGAGCCUCUGCUGGAAGCGAGGCCCCAGCAGCUCCGCUGCUUCAUCGGGAUGAUCCAGUACAGCAUCCUCGGGGAGGAGGGUGACUACCGACAGGGAGGGAUGGCAAAGUUGUUCCGCGAGCACGUCGUCUGGUUCAACAGCCACACGCAGGUGCUGGCAGCACCCGAGACGAAGAGAAGGCACGCAAGGGAGGAGGAGAGGAAAAGAGAGUCCAAGAGCGCUCAGGCGUUCUGCUUCCAGUGA